AUGGCGGAAUCGAAGGACGCGAUGGAGACGACGGCGCUGCAGGCCCCGGUGACGCUGGAGCGGCGGGUCAAGGGGGACCUUGAGCCCUCGCUCCCCAAGCCCUGUAAGUCUCUCCCCAUGUGGCUUAUGAAGGUAUGACAGAAAGAGGGUUUUAACAUAGAGCUCCGCCGUUGACUGGCGGCGCCGCUGAGCUCCUCUUCCUCUCUUCGAGGCGUCCAGAUCUGGCCAGAGCGCUGGUGGCGUCGGGCACCGCCCACCCGGAAGGCACCGUUGACCACCACAGGCACUGCAACCGGAGCGUCCUCCAGCAGCACGUCGCCUUCUUCGAUCGCGAUGGCAACGGCAUCAUCUACCCUUGGGAGACGUACGAAGGUAGUAACCCUCGUGGAGCUUUGGCUUUCUCCUGCUCCAGCUGGCCGCGCCGUGACCGUUGACUUUCAGGGUCGCGGGCCAUUGGAUUCAACCCGGUUCUCUCCCUGCUCAUCGCGGUUUUCGUCAACGCCACCAUGAGCUACUCCACCCUACCCGUGAGUCCUCCCUUCCCAUAAAUAUAAGAUAUAUCGAUAGAGAUCGGUUUGUGGCUUAUCGUGGACCUGGCCAGGGCUGGAUUCCCUCCCCGUUGCUCCCGAUCUAUAUCAGCAACGUUCACAGGGGCAAGCACGGUAGCGACUCAGCGAGUUACGACACGGAGGGGAGGUGCAACUCUAUUUCUCUCUCUCUCUCUCUCUCUCUCUCUCUCUCUCUCUCUCUCUCUGUGGGUUGACAGAUGGCCAAGCCGGCGGCGGUUUCAGGUUCUUGCCGGUCAACUUCGAGAGUAUCUUCAGCAAGUACGCGAGGACGGCGCCGGAUAAGCUCACGCUGGCGGAGCUCUGGAGCAUGACGGAGGGCAACCGCAACACCUGGGACUUUUUCGGCUGGUGAGGAGGAGCUCCGCCAUUAACGGGCCGACUUUGGGCUUCGUGUUAUGUUGGGCCUGGCCAAUGUCUGAGUUCUUUUAGGGGCCUCGUGUUCUCUCAGGGUGGCGAGUAAGCUGGAGUGGGGGGUCCUGUAUCUGCUGGCGAGGGAUCCCGACGGCUUCUUGCCCAAGGAAGCCGUCAGGCGCUGCUUCGACGGGAGCUUGUUCGAGUACUGUGAGGAGCGGCGGGCCGCCGCCUACAAGAUGGGCUAG